CUACCUUGUUUUUUUUUUUGAAAACAUUUUGACGUACAGCCAAGUCUUGUGGUUAGGGAAUAUAAGCCGGUCUUCUGCCAGCAUCCGCGGACCAGUCGGAAGACAUCGCUGGGCAAAGGUGCAGACAAGCUGUUGGAGUCGCCCAAAGAUACACAAGACAGAAGAGCGGCCAUGAGAACUUUAGAACUCCUAGCGGUGGGCGUGGUACUGAUGACGUAUUCCGGAAUACCAGUCAUUUGGGCCCAAACGGCGUAUCCGGAUUCCCAUGAGCUGGGCAGUCGGCAACAGGUGGCAAUCCGGAACCGCAGAGCUGUGGAUACAGAGGACAUUUCGGAAGUGAUAGGUCCAAACGGACAGAGAUGGUUCAUCAGCCGUGACCGUCAGAGGAUGCCGAGGUUCGGGAAGCGGUCCGUCCCCUCAGUUCGCGGCUACGACCCGGCAGAGCCGGCCAUGCGCUUCGGCAGAACCAGCCCGUUUCAGCCCAACCUGCGCUUCGGGAAGAAGUUGGACCCGGCCCGACCAGCUCUCCGCUUCGGCAAGAAGUUCGACCCGGCCCAGCCCACGCUUCGAUUCGGCAAAAGCCUCGACCCCAGCGAGCCAUCGCUCCGCUUCGGAAGAGACAGCACCGACCCGGCAUUGGAGACCCUUCGGGCGGAGAAAAGCUUCGAUCCGUCGGAGCCGUCCCUUCGCUUCGGCAAGAAGUACGACCCGUUCGAGCCGACUCUACGAUUUGGCAGGCAAGGGGACCGGUCUGCGCCUGCCUACCGCUUCGGGAGACACAACCCGGCCAAGCCGUCCUUGCGAUUCGGGCGGGACGCGGCCUCGGAUCAGCUCGAAAGUAGCGAGGCUUAGCAAUCGUCUUCAAUUGUGCCACUAUCAUUGUUAGUUAAUUCAACAAUCCGAAGUAUCUUGAUGUCAACAGAGAAAUGUGGUCUCAAUGAUUUAGAAAAUAAGAAAGAUGUUAAGAUUUAUGCACUGUGUUUGUUCUAUCUUUCAUUGAGGAAAACUGAGACCAUGAAAGGAUUCCGUCAAGACCACCAUUGGCCAUAGCUGACAGGAUAGGAUCUUCAAUAAAUGCACUGGAAAUACUUAUUCAUAACUACACCUAAAGCUGUUGUGAUUUUUUUUCAAAAGGACAUAUAGUUGGAUAUCUAUGGAGUCAAGGCUAUUAGAUAUAAUAAACAUA